GACAAAAUAAAAAAUUAAAUAUGUUAAUUAAGAGAAGAACCAAGGACAACAUUUUCCCGCAUAUGCGGAAGAAGAACAAAACAGUUAAUAAAAACAGGGUUGAAUCCUUUCCUCGGCAUCCUGAAAGUUUCAAUGAAACUGCACACAAGCUCAACAUUGUCAAAACUAUUAGAGAAGAUUGGAAAAAUUUGAAUGAAAAAUAUGGUCAGCAUAGUAGCCAUACGAGAAGAUUACUCAAGUAUUACGUAGAAAAAUCAUGAGAUACUUCACUUGAGCUCCUUAAAAUGGAUGAAAAAGAACUAGCACUAUCCAUGCUUAAGAAUACAGAAGAAGAUUUGAAUAGCACCGAUGUUGAAUUUUCGUAUUAUAAGUACAAAGUUAAUUAUAACAUUGCUCAUAUCUGUAAUAUGUGCAAUAGAACUAAAUCUUGAAUAAAAUACCUCACAAGAGCACAGUUAUGAGCUGAACAAUGAAACUCGUCUUCAAACGACAAGUUGCACUUUUACGUAUCCUCAUCAAGAAUGCAGGAAAUUUUCUAUAAUAGAGCCAAAGCUUACCUAAGCAUAUACAAGUACCAAGAAGCAUUAGAAGAUAUUCAGGCUUCAAUAGGCUUGGCCCAUAAAAGUUGAGAAGAGAACACAGAAAUAUGUUCGAAACUUAUCGAAGAGCAAGAGUCCGACUCUAAAUUUCAGGACAGAAGGUUAUAGUUGAUAGUGAUACUGCAAGAGAAGCUAUGAAAGUAGCCAAUAAACAAUGGGAAUCUUCAAUUGCAUUCUUAGUCUCUGCAAUUUGGACAAAGAGUGAAAUAUUCGAAGCAAGAGGCAUGAGAGAUGAAAGUGUUACAAAUUAUGAAACUCUUCUAAAUUAUCUUGACUCAAAGUUAACAUCAGAGAAUCAUGAUUCUUUACAAGUUACAAUGACUAAAAAUAGACUCAUGCAAUUGCUAGACCCGAACCCUGAAAUCUCAAAGACAUUUGUUGUAAUAAAGCCAAAAAGUAAAAAGAAACUGCUAAAAAGACCAAAGAGCUCUGCUAAAUAAAAAAUCUAUCAAACUAUCUGCGACAAAGAGAUCAUCUGCACGAGCUAGGCCUCGGCCUACUAAUAAAGCCUUAAUUUGUCCUGAAUUCAUUGCAAAAUUGAGACACAGGAACAACACUAGAGAAGAAUCUGAGUUCUACGAGAGACUUAUUGAAGAAAUUGUUAAUAGAGCUCCUUUCAGAAUGAAUCUGAAUGAAUAUAUUUUGUAUAUCAAGGACCAUCUCUAUGUACCUGAUUAUGAGAUAAGCGAAGCUGCUAGGACAAAGAAGUCAUCCUCUAAGACAACUGGAUCGAAUAGAUUUAAACCUUCACAAGGACUUGAAAGCUCAGUGGACUUUGGAAGAGAUUCAGAAACUCUAACUCCUCUCAAGACUGAUGAAAGAAUUCAUGAGAAAAUUGAAGAGAGAAUCGAAGAAAAGACUGAACAAAGAAGCAUUCAUACUCCUAUACAAGAGCAAAACUUUAAGCAGAUAUAUCAAGGAGGUUACAGAGAUGUUGACCAGGAAAUCCUCUAUAGAUUAGUCUGUGGGCUUGCUCAGACUGAAAAUUCAGAAUUUGACGGUGACGAUGGAAGAUAUGAAACCAUAAAGAUACUUCUUCAUAAUAUUUCACUUAAAAAUAGGCAACCAAAGGAGUUUACCUAUGAAGCCUCAGAGUUAUUCCCUGACUUAGGAGGUGAAUGGAUGUCAUAUAAUGAGACUGAAAUUAAGAAUGCCUUAAAAUCAAGACUAGGAAGACUUUCAGGACACAUAGAUAUAGAUUUCACCAACACUGAUGCUAUUAUUAAAGGGACUGGAAGUCCAAAAUCUGAUUGCAACGAAGGAGAAUUGGUCUUCCUUAACAUGAAUGAAAAACCUUCUGAGAAAAAGGACUUCUCUGAAGUACUCAAAUCAUUUGAUAAAGACAUGGAAGAGCAGAAAAAGGCAAAGCUUAUGAAGAAGGUUACUUUUCAGGAAAAGACGAAAGGACCCAAAUUCAACCUAAACAAGAAUAAAGCAAACAAAAUUGAUGAACUAAGUUCAGAAAGUUACGAAGGAUCAGAAGAAUCUGAAGAGACUGAGUUCAUUAGGGGUGAAGGCAAAGCGGGAUUUAAAGAAUUCAAACCAAAUGCCAUACUUACAGAUGAGGACUUGAGAGUAAAGGAGAAGGUCAGAGAUGCAGGAUAUAAAGUUCCUAAAUAUGAUAUCAUCAAAGAUUACAAAAAUAUGCAGAGCCAUUUCUUAGAUGAUGAAGGACUCAAAUUUGAAGAAAAUAAAUAAAAUUGCCAAAUACGCUAGAUUUUUCAUGAAAGCUAGCAAUUACACUCCUGCCCAAGCAGCAUCCUUAUUCCAAUGAAGAUAUAAACUAAAACUACUAAGAGAGAAUAAAAGGAGAAAAGAAGCGAUGGAAGGAGCUAUCAUUGGAUUCUUUGUAAGGAAAUAUUACUGUCAUUUUAAAUGCAAAAAGGAUGAUCCUGACAGUACAAACAACUUUUAUAUAAAAUAUCUUCUGAAAAGGUCUUUGAAAGAAGACAAAAUAAUUAUAUUUGCCAAAGAUUUCACGCUACAGAAGGAAAAAUAGCCUCACUAUUAACUCAGCUGACCUUCCUGAAGAUGAUAACGACAUAAUUGAUUGAUGUAAAGCCUGGAUCCAAGUGAAGGUAAUAGGCCCUGACGACUAUAUUCUUUUGUUGUCAGAAGAAGGAGUCCCAGAGCCAGAACCUUUAAAACUAGUUGAGAGCACUCCUCCCCAACUUAUGCUUCCAAAAAGUCCCCAAGUUCUUAAAAUGGAGCAGAAGGAAAAUACUGGAGGAGAAACUACGAGAUUUGUGAAUGUUCAAAGUGAAGAACUUAAGGAAGUUCAUACUACAAAUGCUGCUUUAUCAAAAAUGUAUUCAUCUGGAGUAGUCAACCUUACUUUAGAGGGAGACGAUGAGGGAACUCUUCACAAUAACUUUGAAAGAUUAGAUGAAACUCCUAAAAUGAUGAAACAUAUCCUUACUCAGUCAGAUAAAGAAUAUAAGUCUAUUUUGUUCAUCCAAGCUAUGAUUAGAGCAUAUCUUAGAUUCGGUAGAAAGAGAAUUGCCACCAAAAGAAGACUUGCAGGACAUCAAAACAGAAGAGACGUUAACAUCAGAGCUUUAAGGAAAGUACAAAAGCUUGUAAGGCGAUUUUUGAUGAGAAGGAGUCAGGAAUACAAAAAUAAUUACCAAGUGCCUCUUGAAAAUUACAUUUUGACCAAGGGCAAAAGGAUGGAUGAUUGCAACUUCUAUAUUUUCAAAGUAUUUUGAGGAGCGCAAAUGAAGGAUGGAAAUAAAAGGACGUUGCUGAAGUUUUAUGCCAAUCAAAAGCCUGGGAAUAAUAAGUUGAACUUUAGCUAUCUGCUUCCAAAAUACUCUCUAAACAAGCAAUCUUUGAUAAAAGUAUGCAGCUUGAUGAUUGAAUAUUGUCUAUUUAUUGAUGACGGAGGAAGCUUAAGGUUAGAUUCAGAUAUUUAUAAAACACAUUGCACCAAGCUUCUUCAGGAGAAUGAGAUAGAAUUUAUGAACCAAAACCCUCAAAGAGUUGGUCAGAUGCCUAGCCUUAGAUCUCAGAUACAGGCUGUGACUUAUGCACAGAAAAUGAUAAGAGGAUUCUUGGCAAGAAAGAAUAAGCCAAAGAAUAAGAUCAGCAAAUCUAUUGUGUACCAGUCAUGAAUGAGAAUCAGUGGUUCCCUCUUCUUAGUGAAACUAAUGGAAAUGAAAGUCAAAGAAUCCCAAAAACACUACUUCCUUUAUGUCCAGAGUAAGGGAGCUCACAGAAGUGCUGACGAGCACAAACAGUUUGAGUUUGAGGCUGGAAAUAUGAAGGAUUACGAACUCUCUAAGGAUAAUUUAGACAUCUUAUUCAAGCAAUUUACCAAGAUAGACCUCUUAGAUGAUGAUGACUUGGAGAUAGAUUGGGAUGGCUUCAUAUCAAGAAUGCAACAGAGAGAAGAAUUCGAGCAAGAAUUUAAAUUUGUAGAGAUGGAUUCUUGUUAAAUAAUAGUUGUGUCCGAGAAAUAGAAGAAUAAGUU